AUGUCUUCAAGUUGGAUGCAGGUGACAUUUCUCCUUGCACACUUGAUUGUUGGUAAGAUUUUUGAAGCUGACAACAUCUAAUGUUGUUGUAUAUGACUGUACAUUAAAUAUCAAGUUGCAGAUGAUUUAGUCUCUAUAGUCAGACGUUUUACUAUGUGUAUGCUCUCCCACAGCAGGAGCAGUGGUGUACCAGUACCCAGGGUCACUAACAGUGGCAGAGGGUACCAAUGUGACAUUUCACUGUGACAUCAGUGAAAUGGGAGGGGAAUGCUCUUAUAUCGUAUGGGUGCAAGUGGGACCUAUGAGAAAGCUCACACUCUGGCCUCGAAAAACCUACAGUGUCCACACCAACACAGCCUGCCUCCUGAACAUCAUCAACGCCAACAGGACAAGUGUGGGCACCUUCUACUGUGCCCUGCUUAACGGUGCCAUGCUGAACAUGGGCAAUGGGAGUGUGCUGGAAGUCUCUGGUAAGAUCAGAUGCUUCUCCAUGGUUUAUAUUAGCGUUAAUCUUUUCUAGUCCUGGGAGGUAUACAUUAAUAAAAAACAGAAAGGAAAACGGCGCACACUGCUGCUCAUGCUCCCAGGUGAUAUUUAUUUAUAACAAUGUUUAGACCCUUAGGUUUUCAUCAGGCAACCUAAGAGUCGCAACGUUGUUAUAAAUAAAUAUCACCUGGGAGCAUAAGCAGCUGUGUGCAGAGUUUUCCUUUCUGUUUUCAUGAAUUUGCCUACAACUCCAGCACCUGCAGAAAGUACCUGGAUGUGCCUAUGUUCUUCAGCUUAGGUAUACAUUGGUAGUCAUGCCAUGUCAUGUCCUCUGUCCUCUCUCUUCCAGACCCUGUCACCUCUGACGCUGCUCUGGAGGUCCUGGUGCCCGUGGACUGGCAGGAGGCCCCCUCAUCCCCAGUCCCACUCAUGUGCCUGGUGUCUGGGCUGGAUCCCAGUCAGGCCAGGGUGUACUGGGAGGUGGGGGGGAAGGUUCAGUCCUCAGAGCGUUUACCUGAGGUUCUGUCAGAGAAGCCAGCCAGUGUCAGAGUCCAGCUCUCUGUACCUGGCCAUACCUGGGCUGAAGGUGAAGAGAUCACCUGUGUUAUGGAGAGCACCAGUGGGGUGAAGAUGAACAAGACAGUCAGCAGGAUGGGUAAGAGAGAUCACCCCAGGGCUCUGGGUUACAUUUGUUUAGAAGGUCUGUCUGCACAAGUUUAGAACAAUGUAAAACUCUUAUGUGCCAAAACAAAUUGUGUCUUCUUAGGAAUGGAGAGGUCCAGACAGGGAAUGUUUCUGGCCAUCUCUUUGGGUGGCAUGUGUAUCCUUCUUUCUAUUGUGGUGAUUAUCAUCACUUUGUAUGUCUGCAGACUGAGACACAACCCUCGUAAGUACUGUUUGUAUUUGAUUAGUUAUUCAUGAUUGAUAACUUUACUGCAUCUAUAGCAGCAGUAUAUUAUAUAGGCUAUCAAUAGUAUCUUUAACAUAUUGUAUCAUAAUAUUUCCAAAGGAAAUAAAAUAUUUCAACCCUGUGAGCACAACCAGGAUGGUGCACAGGUAAAAUAACUUUUGAUAAAUGUUUGUGUAUUAUACUAUUAUAAGUAUUAUUUUUGUGUGAUUAUACUAUUACUACGUUUUCUACUAUUACUAUUUGUAAUAAUGAUGAUGAUGGUGUUUUCUUGUCAUUCAGGGUCUGACUGAGGUGCAGUAUGCCAGUUUGAAGUUUGGAGCUGGUCGUGGGAGACCCUUACCUAGAGCCACAGCUAAAAACAGACAAUAUAAGUAG